UUCCCCAUGACAUGACAUUCACACACUCGAGCACAGCGUUCUUGCAAGGAGUUCCUGGAUCUGUAGUUAAAUAUUAAACAAUCUGUUGAAAUUCUGAGCAAGCACGUUGUGGAUUCUUGACCUAGUGACUAACCUAGAGAUUAACUAUAAGACCAGAAUGGGCAGUAAAAUACUCAGCGGCUGUUUGACCUUGCUUGUGGCCUGCUUGGUCAUCACAGAUGGUAUGAGCCUGCAAGGGGCAGGAGUGGAGCCUCGUUGCCACUGCAUCGGCACAGAGAGCCGGCGCAUUGGGAAACUGAUUGCGAGGGUGAAGAUGUUUUCCCCAAGCCCUCACUGCAAAGACACUGAAGUCAUUGCCACCUUAAAGGAUAGUGGGAAAGAGAUCUGCUUGGACCCCAGUGCUCCCUGGGUAAAAAAGGUCAUUAACAACAUCUUGUCGAGAAACCAGAGAUGAAAUCUGUUCCUACAUGAAGACAACUAAACGUCCUGCUACAACACUGUCCAGUUCUAAGUGUGUGAUGGCUGUACUCAGGAUAAACUGAAAUGGUUUGUUAAAACCCAGGUGCAGUUUACAAGACCCAAUGCUUGGAAUAUUUCUGUACUUACUGUAAAUGCACUCAGAGUGAAUGUUGAACAUGUACGGUUCAUGAAAGGCUUAGCAAAACAUGGAUGUAUUGCACCCUCUGUUGGUGAAGUAAAAGAAGUGAAAAGUGUCCACCUGGGUCAAUGAACACUGAGUACCAAGACAGAAAAGCAUGAAAACAUUCUGUAAUCUGUAAGUGCUUCUUCACAUGUCUGAGUCUCUUCACUGUCUCCUUUAACAUCAACCAUAGCUAUGUAACACAAGUCAAUAUAACACCACAGUACUAAUUGGUCAGUAGGGUAAUAUAAUGUUACAAUUGACACCAUAUUAUUUGCUGUAUCUGAACUUGCAUGCUGUCAUCUGAAACCUGAAAAUAAAUUCAGAUUGUGGCUA